AAGUUGGGAUAUCUAAAGAGGAAGCCUUAGAAACGCAAAUUAUAAGAAGAGAAUGUCUCACAAAUAAACCAAGAUCUGCUGCUACAGCUGAGUCAGGCAAGAGGUGUACAGCACUGGAACUUCUUGAGCAGGAGCAUACCCAAAGCUUCAUAAUUACCUUCUGUUCAGCACUAGAUAAUAUUCUUGGGAGUGGAAUACCCUUAAGCAAAACAACAGAAAUUUGUGGCAUACCGGGUGUUGGAAAAACACAAUUAUGGUAAAGUAAAAUGUUCCCCUCUUAAGGUUAGACUUCAUGACAUUUUAUGUAAGUAAUAGAAUGUGGUGCUGUGGGUCUACAUUCAGGAGAC